UGAAGGUUAAAGGCCACCGCAGAGGAAGAAGUGAUUCUGCUGAGACGGCACCAAAACAUGAGGAAGAUCUCCGAGACAGGAAGGUAGCAGAGGACGAAGGAUUUCACAAGAAGCUGUACGGACACGGAAAGUUGCGCAGAACGAUUAACAAUAUCUGUUGUGCUAACGACUGCAUGGCUGCUGUCAAACACUGAAGCUCCAGAAACAAACGGCGGUUAUUCUGAUCCUCCUCAUUUUGCUCAAGGCCAAUCCUUCAGCUUCCCUCUGGACCUCAGUGCAGCCGCUCCGUUCUUCAGGUUUCUCUGUGACCAUGGGGAACACCUCACCCAAAGACAAAUAUUUGGCCGUGUGGGUGAUUUUCUUCAUGCUUGGUCUGGGAACCCUGCUGCCCUGGAACUUCUUCAUGACUGCUACCACGUACUUCAGGAAUCGUCUGAAGGACCCUUUGCCCACUGAGGUUUCAGCCAAUCAGAGUGAAGCAACAGGUGAACGUCGAAGUGUUCUAGAGUCCAAAUUCAACAAUGUGAUGACGCUCUGCGCUAUGUUGCCUCUGCUGCUGUGCACCUGCCUCACCUCCUUCCUGCAUGCCCUCGUUCCUCAGCGCCUGCGUGUGAUGGGAAGCCUCUUCAUCAUCAUGUUUGUCUUCAUCAUCACUGCUGUCCUGGUCAAAGUUCCUCUGGAGCCGCUGCCUUUCUUCUCCAUAACCAUGGUGAAGAUAAUCAUCAUCAACUGUGAGAUAUUUAUUUCAUAAUCAUUUGAUGUCUUGUAGUCAAAAUCUAAAUGUUCAGGAUCUUAAAGCCUCAGAUUGUUUCUCUUUUAACAGCCUGAUGUUAAAGAGAAAUUUUAACUUCAGGUUCAGAACCUGAAUAUUAAAGUUCAGGUACUGCACCUGAACUACAGCGUGAGGUCAUCUCUCUGUUCAGGGUACAAUAUAAGAGUCUUGCAAUAAACCCAAGGAAGUCAGUGAAGUGAGCUCAUGAUAGAAGUUAUAAUGUCGUUCUCAAAGUUCAGUGACAUUAUUGGUUCAAACCGCAAGAAAAAAUAUAAUUUAUACAUUUUUUCAAUCAGAUUAUGUUUCUACAGGGGAGAUAAUCUGCUUGUAACCAAACAGCAGAAUGAAUCUGAGCUGAUAGUGAUUAGAUGCAACAAGUGGUGUUGGGGAACACCAAGUGACCAACACCAAGCCCAGCAAGUGCAGGUUUGCACCAGGUGGUGGCGUUCUGUGGCCCCUGGUUUGGGGUGCAUCUGGUUCUACCUCUGCAGGGGCCCAAUAGUUCCUAGUUAGGUGAAAGGAGCAUCACCACAUAGUAGUAGAGUCUUGGGGUUGGAUGAUGGUGGUCCAGCAGUCUUUCCACCUGGAUUUGUUUGCUCCAGCGCUGCACCAUCAUUUUAAGGCAUAAAGGGUCACAGUGGGUAAGACGAAGGUUAUGUUCACUCUGCAGCCUGAAGUGACCCAAAUCUGACUUCUGUGAUCUGUAUCUGAUAUUUUCAUGACAGAAUGAUGAUGGAAAGCAAAUCACAGCUAGGUGAGCACCUGGUUCUGGUUCUAGAGAUGUGUUGGAUCUGCUGUGGGGAUUGGUCCGGAGCCCACUGUCCUCAAUUUGGCCUGGAGGGUCUGAACCUCCUGGAACGAUUGGCUCCCAUCUCCUUCCACUGUCCCUCUCUCCUGUGGAGUCCCACAGGGCUCCAUCCCCGGCUCCUUACU